AUGGCGCCGCAACAUGUCGAGAUUGCAGAGACUAUCGCCGCCAUCAAAAGAACUUUGCGCCGCGAGAAAGAAGCUCCAACGGACCAGAACAUCUCAUCCGCCACGAACCGAGGAAACAAGUUGAGAAGAGGCGCAAGCUCCGUCCAUGCUGGUGCCCUACCAUACCCACAUGGGCCUGAUGGAUACAAAGAGAAAAUCGACCACGCAGGGUAUUCUCGAUAUGUCUUGGAUCGUAAUCCCAAACGCUAUAACGAAUAUGGCGACGAACUUGAGGACAGCGAGAGCGAUGCCGAGGCCGACGCAGACGCCGAAGACGAAAAUCCCUACUCUGGCAUUAAACUUGAAGAGCUUCUUUGUCCUCUAAAGCACCCUUCUGAGCUUGCCUCUCAUCCUACCCUCUCGAUACCGUUCCUCGACAGUGCGCUUCCAGACCUAGUCGUCUCAGUCGAAACGAAACUACGCCAAGAACGAGCGAACUUAUGGAGGGCCAAGAAUCUGAACAGACAAUUCAUGGGAGAUGAGCCAUGGGUGCCUUGCGCCAGCGUCGAAGGCCUCGACGAUUGGGACAUAUUUGAACCAAAGCUCAAUGCUCCUCUCCAGCCCGCAGGCAGCAAGAGGAAGAGAGAUCACGAUCAGGAAAUGUCUCAAAAUGGAAUAAACGGUCAUGAUCAUGCGAUUGCCAAUGACCUCAUUACUCGUCAAGCUGAUAGUUCCGUCGAGGUCAAUGUCGAGGCUGAGGCCGAGGCGGCGGUGGCUCGUCGGUUAGAUCGAGAGAGCGAAGCUGGGCCAAAAGCUCCACCAGUACCUGAAGCAUCGACGAAGGAGCAGGCAGAGCGGGAGAUGGACGAUGUACCAGCUAAAAUCGAAGCCGACCAAUCUCAGCAAGCUAGAAACUCUUCGGACGAGCAGACAGAGCAAGAUCCCGCUCAGGAGAAUGACAAGGUUCAGAAAGAAAAUGGUGAUGACGAAAUGCAGGUCGACCAAAACGAAGAAGCAAAAGAUGCAAGAAAAGAACCAAAAGAAAACGAAGCGGGGGAUGAGAGUGCGUCCGAGGAGGAAGAGGAAGAGGAACAAGCAGAACAGCCGCAACCUACGCGAAGAAUCACGCGCGCGUUGGCCGCAGAGCAUACGACAUCGACCAUUACAAGCCCUCCCCUCUCACCGAACUCUACCGCGUCCACAGUCGAUUCCUCCCUGCUGCAAGCUGACCCUCUGUUUCUCCUCCCGCCCUCACUUGCUGCCAACCACAGAGUGCCCAACAGCCUAUCACGGCUCGGGCUGCCCGUUGAAGAGUUUCUUGAAACCCGCAGGUUGCUGUCGAUGUACAUUCAGAAGCAGGAAGAGAGUGUGCGUGGGUUCGAAGCCGUCCUGGGGAAGUUGAUCAAGGCUAAGAGAAUGCGGGAUCAAGUCUGGGAAUGGUGCAAGACGGAAGGCCACGUGGGGGAGUGGUCUGACGGCGAGGACUGGGUUGACGCCGAGGCAUGGGGCCUGGCGCCCGACGAGCUCAAGAAGGGCAAGGACGAAGAAGAAGUCGAAGGUCAAGAAGACACUGGUCGAAAGGGCAAGAGGAGAAGAAGGGAUUAG